GCCUACGCCCCUGCAGAGCGUUGCUGUGAGAGCCCCGCUCCUCCAGCUCUACUGUGCUGUGCAUGGCCUAUUGCAGCUACAGCUACAACUGGUGGAGGCAAGAAUGACACCGGCGCUCCCCUGCAUCAAGACAACCUGAUCGGAAGGACGGAUCUGCUUCAUUUCUAGAUUCAAAAACACCACAAUGAUGGCGCGGGGCAUUAUACCGUUACGGACACGUUUGAUCGCGACUGUUUUUACAUUUCUUGGACUAUGGGGAUGUGCGCUUUCCAUCAAUCGCUACUCUAUUCCGGAGGAGAUGGAAGUGGGCUCCUUUGUUGCCAAUCUGGCCACAGAUUUGGGUCUGGAUGUUCGCAGUUUGGUGCAGCGCGGAGCAAAGCUCGAUGUCAUUCACAGCAAAAAUUACCUUGACAUCAACAAAGAAACGGGGGAGCUGGUAAUACGCGAGAAGAUGGACCGGGAAAGCAUAUGCAUGACUAAAACAACCUCGUGCUUUCUGAAAAUGGAUGUCAUACUUGAGAAACCCAUUCGCAUUUUUAACAUCGAGUUGGAGAUCUUGGACAUUAACGACAACGCGCCUGUGUUCCGCAGGAAGACAAUGCACUUGGACAUAUCGGAGGCAACCCCUCCCGGUGAGAGGUUUUCAUUGACAAACGCUGUGGAUGCGGAUGUGGGGGCGAACUCCAUCAAAACCUACUAUCUCAGCGAAAGCAAAUACUUCAACAUCGACAUACAAACUGGCAGCGAUGGCUCCAAAUAUGUCGAUUUAGUUCUGAACGGUCAUUUGGACCGAGAGGAGCAUGCAGUCCAUAAUCUGAUUUUAACCGCUGUGGAUGGAGGGGUGCCUCCCCGCUCCGGCACAGCCAGCAUCGUUAUUAACGUCCUGGAUAUCAAUGACAACGCCCCCCUGUUCAGCCAGCCGGUAUUUGCAGUCAACGUUUCAGAGAGCUCGGCUGCGGGGACAGUGGUCAUGACCUUAAACGCAACAGACUUGGAUGAAGGCACAAACGCUCAGUUGAUAUAUUCAUACACACUGUACACCUCGGAGAAGACCCAAGAGCUCUUCACACUUGAUCCAAACUCAGGUGAGAUCAAGGUGAAGGGGGUGAUUGACUAUGAAGAGAGUCCGAGUUUUGAGAUGCACAUACAGGCUCAGGACAGGGGGGCCAACCCCAAGUCAGGACACUGUAAAGUCAUGGUGUCCGUCACAGAUCUGAAUGAUAACUAUCCCGAGGUGACCAUCAAGUCUGUAAAAAGUGCACUGACCGAGGACGUCUCUGUGGGGACCCUGAUUGCUGUGGUCAGUGUCAGCGACAGGGACUCUGGAGCAAACGGCCAAGUGGAGCUCACUUUGAGUCAUCAAGAAUCUUUACCGUUCCUGCUGAACAAAUCCUCGGAGGGCUACUUUGAGCUGCUGGUUUCAAAGCCACUGGACAGGGAGAUAAUAAGCAAAUAUGACAUCUCGCUGAGGGUGACAGACAAAGGCUCGCCGCCUUUAUCCGAAACAGAAACCAUCACUUUAGAGAUUCUGGAUGUCAAUGACAACGCACCCACAUUCUCCCAGUCCUUCUACACAAUCCAUGUCGUGGAGAACAAUCUACCAGGGGCGUUGUUGACAUCUCUUAGUGCGUUUGACCCAGAUCUCAACGAGAACCAGUACUUGGUUUAUUUCAUAAUGGAGAAGGAGAUUGUUAACACGUCUAUGUCAAUGCUGUUCUCCAUAAACCCGGAGAACGGUGAUCUUUAUGCCCUGAAGACCUUUGACUAUGAGAGAGAGAGGGAGUUUCUUUUCCACAUCGAAGCUAGAGACUCUGGUGUUCCCCCGCUGAGCAGCAAUGUGACAGUUCACAUCAUCAUCCUGGACCAAAAUGACAACACGCCUCUCAUAGUGUCACCGUGGCGGGCGCAGGGCUCUGUGGUAGAGGAGGUGAUACCGAGGUCCACGGAGAAGGGGCACCUGAUAGCCAAAGUGAUCGCCAUCGAUGCCGAUUCUGAACAGAAUGCUAGGGUCACAUAUCAGCUUCUGCAGAUCACCGACGCAACCCUCUUCAGCCUGGACCAGUACAAUGGUGAAAUCCGGACAACAAGGAUGUUCAGUUACAGAGACCCGAGACAACAGCGGCUUGUGAUUGUCGCCAAAGACAACGGUCAGCCUGCGCUCUCUGCCACUGUCACCAUCAAGAUAUCAACAGUGGAACACGUCAUGUCCUUUUCUGAGACCACAGAGUUGCCACUAGAGUAUGACGUCUUCACAGACCUAAACCUGUACUUAGUAAUCGGUUUAGGGGCUGUGUCCUUUUUGCUACUGAUAACCAUCUUGGUUAUUAUUGUCCUGAAGUGUCAAAAACCCAAACCAAAGGCCAUCAAGAUCCCCCCAGCCAACAGAAACAGUGUGAUCAGCAGGAACAGCAUGAUCAGCCAGAGGAGCUCCACCAUCGCGGAUUCCACCCUGAUCUCCAGCGAUGCCUACUGGUACAGUUUGUUCCUCGCAGAGACCAGGAAGGGCAAAGUGGUCGUGAGACAGCCGAUAAUUCCCAAAGGAGCUGGGUAUUUUGUGUCCAGUAUACCCAGAAGCAUAGGGCCGAGUGAGACCACAGACUCCAGAGCAUCCACACUGGAGUACUCAAAAUGAAAGGAAGUCCAUUCUACAACUGGAGCAGGAACCCAGAAGAGAACUACCAUGAUAUAAUCAUCUCUUCAUGGGAGUCUCUGGCUGAAAUUCCUCCCUGUGACUCACAAAGAAGACAACAACUGUCCUCCCUCGGUCCCUCUGCUCCAACUUGCUCUUUCUCUGUAGCUCCUCCAAAUCCCCCCCGUACAAACAUCAACCACGAAUCACCUCAGCUUUCUACCUUCUCUUUUAAGCAUGGAGCUGCAUGAUUCUACAACAUGUUUAAAAUAGUUGACAGUUAAUUGAAAUCAUUUAUGGCAGGAUAUUUGGACAUUUCUAGAGUUGCCUCAUGUAGUAAAUCAUUCCUUCCUUAACGCUUUGAAACUCCUCAGUGGACAAAUUUGCCUUCUCUCCAGGGUUUACGCCGUGUGCUGUAGUGCUAGAAACCAUCAGUAGCUCAACAUACAUAAGUCGCCAUCGUGCAACCUUUUCUAAGCAAGAGCUUAAAAUAACGCCUAUUCACAAACACACAUACGAAUCAGGGUGAAUGUGAUUCUUCCGCAAAUCUGGUAAGUACUGGACUGUAGCUGGUUAUGUCACUGAUUCAGCCUUUACACUUGGUGUUUAUCUUUUUUAAAUAAUAAUUUCUACUGUUUUAUGAGUCUUGCUGUUCAGCAAGGGUCACUCUAUCAACUAGUAACUUGCCCAUAGUCAGUUAUCUGAUUUUAGAUUUUUUUUUUUUUACAUUUGUUGUACUUAACAGUGAGGAUUGUGUGAAAAGGACAAAAAAAGAAUGAAAGAAAAGAAAAUUGCAAAAUGUAGAAUAAUAACAGGAAAUACAUUGUUUCUCUUUUUAUUUGAUUGUAGAUACUGUAGUUCAAUAGAAAUUAUAAUGGAGUCAGAGAAGCAAAAAGACAUUUAACACCGUCAUUAGGUGUACAGUUUAUAUUUUACAGACAUCUGUGCUGUUAUAAUUGACGGGGCACACUGUUAUCUGGCUGUUUUGGGGAGAAUUACACCGCAAUAUUGGAUUUCCUGAACAGUGUUCAAAAUCUAGCAUACGCUCUUUCAACCGGUCUCCUCUUGAUGGGGGGAGUGAGCGAGGGUGCACGGGGAAGGUGUGUUCAAAUUUUCAUAUCGCAAAAAUGAGGGUGGGGCCACAAUGGGCAGCAUGUAAAACAUUCAAACAUGACGAACAAUAUUUUUUGAACCAGGGUCAAAUGUCAAUUACACAACAAUAUUUUGCUUUUCACAAUUAUCAGCUAUUAAUGUCCCAAUCUAAUUCCAAUGGUAAAGCUGGCAAAACAAAUAUGAACUGCAUUCAUUUAUUGCACAGUGCAAACACAUUAAUCCAUUAAAAAAUACAAUUACAGUGGAAAUCUAACAAAAAAACAAACACAUUUUGUAUUGAUAAGAGUAAGAAUAUUAAAAUGUAUUAGUCUUUGCCAUGGCACAAGGGAAUAUAAAGUCCAGGCAAGGUAUUGUUUUAUGAAUAUCCAUGUUUUUUAUAGAUAUUUUAUGUAACUUUUAAUGCUGCUUUUGUGAGCUUCUUCAAGGGCAUUUUGUGUUGCAUAUUUGUAGUUUGGUGCAUAUGAUGUUGUUUUAAUAUUUAUAUAUAAGUUACAAUUGAAACUAGAGUACUUUUCUUGACCUCAAAGGAUGCGCUGUUGCACUACUGUAAAGCCCAGGACUUUCAUCUCUCAGAAACAAGGAGCUCAUAAGGGCCGCUUAUUAGGGUGCUAAAUGAUAGAAUCUAAUUGGGCGAGGCUAGGAUAUGGGAAUGGAGAAAAGGAGAACAAAGUGUAGUGAUUAUACUGUAGUUGCAGUAUUCUAGUGCCGGCUCCGCAAAUAAAAAACAGCUGAACACAUAGACGGUGCAUAAGAAAGUAAUAAGCAGAUGACAGCACUUUGAAAUAUGCACCAGAUCCAAAUGGGAUCGCAUCUCUCACUCAGUAAUGCAGUAAAAAAUAGAAUAUUUCUAGAAGUAUCGAGCUACAUAUUCUGAGUCAGUGAAAUCUAUCCUCUCGCUCUUCCUCUCCUACUGUUGCCUGGUGUCGGUGGCACACCAGGCUUCGUGAGACAUAAACACAGCUGUCUGUCUGUCUGUCUGUCAGACUGAAGCUGUCACAUAACGAGGGAUCUCUUGCUGUGGAGUACAUGUUAUGUGUGCAAGCAAUGCCUGAACCGUUUGAUUCCAACAGUGUUUAAAGAAUGAAUGAAUUGCACAUGUGAUGAGCUCCUUGCGUGCCUUCUGCAUUGUAAAAGAUAUACUAUGUGACUGUUGAUGAAUGAUAUAACGACAUGUCAUACAAUAUUACAAAUUACAGUUAUAGUAUCCCAAUGAUAAAAAAAAACCUUGAUAGCUAAGGCGUUGUUGGAUAGGGGCUCAGUCUUUUUUGGUUUCAGAGCGAAUGUUCUACUGAGAACCAGUAAAUGCAUUUACUGUAAAUUAAACUGCUUUAUACUUUGUGUUUUUUAUACAGUAGACUUUUUUGAUAUCUUCUGUAUUCACUGUGAUCAAAUUGCACAGGAGGUGCUUGUGCUUGGUAUAGUAUCAGUGUGUUAUUUCCCAUGUGUGUGGACACAGCUCAGUUUUUCCUCUGCUAAUUUGCCAGUCAGAUUGUACAGUAUGCUUCGAGAGUUGCAUCAAACCUUCCAUCUCACUCAGUGGAUCAAAGACAGAAUGGGAGAGAAUGGUUUUGCUUUAUUUACAAGUCUAGUUAAUUGUCGAGUUUUUGAUGUUGCUUAUUUGGCUUAAAUGUUCUGCCUGAUCAUGCUAGUUUGAAUAAAGCUUUUUAAUCUGUC